GUAAUUUAUUUGGUGUUCGUAUCGUCCUAGAUCAUAAUAAAAAUACGGUAGAAAAGUACCUUUCAGUCGUUUUAAAUUACACAACAAUUGCGAUUUCGAUCAUUUUUUAUUGUAUCGAUGUGCGUUCGAACGAAUACACUAUGGCUUGUGAAGCUUGUAACGUAAAAUUCAGCUUCUUCACACGCAAGAAACAAUGUAUGGAUUGUUUGAGGCAUUUUUGUUCUGAAUGUGUAAUUAAGCGUUUGGACAAGAUAUUAAGUUGUAAUACUUGUAAUAUGUUGUCACGAAGACCUUUAACACGAAGUCUAAUUGCACAAGUACGGUCCAAAGAUAUACAACGGUAUCUGUUGGCAAAGAAGAUACCGAUUAAAGGAUGUAUUGAAAAGGAAGACUUGAUAAAAUUGUUAAUGACAUUUGCUAGUGGUGCUAAUGUUCAUUUGAGUACGGAAGAUGCAGGAAACAUUGAUAGUUCUCUCCCUAACCGAUCAGCAACUACAAACGAUGAGUAUAAUAGACAAGUUUUUAAUCGUACACACGAAAUCAGUGCUUCAAGAGUUGAUAGCAAUGAAAUUCCAGAAACAAUUCCUAGACUUAACUUUUAUUCGAAUGGAAGAGCAGAACCGAUACAUUCGGUAGAAGAGAAAAUUUCAAAAGUUUCUAAUAUUCAACAUUCCGAUGUAUGUGCAGAAGCACCUAUGAAUCCUGUAAAAUUAUCUGACAUAAAUACAUUAUCAGAACUGGAAUGUUUAAACGUGAAGCAAUUAAAAAAUUUGCUAAGUAUAAAUCGAGUUGAUUAUAAAGGCUGCGUAGAAAGAUGCGAAUUAUUGAAUAGAGCUUCCAGAUUAUGGGAAGAAUACAGGCAGUCAAGAACAAAAGCUGAAAUUUUGGACGAAAAUCUGUGCAAAAUUUGUUGGGACGAACCAGUUGAAUGUAUAAUCCUGGAAUGUGGCCAUAUGGCUUGUUGUUUGAAUUGUGGCAAACAAAUGUCGGAAUGUCCAAUAUGUAAACAGUAUGUAGUGAGGGUAGUGCGAUUUUUUAAAGCUUAACAAAAAUACAGUAAUGUUUAAUACCAUGGAAUAUGUAAUAUUCAAUAAAACAAAAUCGAAAAAGGGCGAAUAUAAUCGCUACCAUCGUGAUAUUUUAGAUUUAGUGUUUAUUGGCACAUUCUAUUGCCAUCAUAGAUUAUAAUAUAAUCGAAAUAAAAUAUAAUCUUUUAUAUUAAUGCAAAUGCAAUGAAAUAACAUGUAUCGACAUAUACCAUAAAUAUGUCUCAACAUUUUCUAUAAAUAUUUUUAUUAAAAAAUAUGAUCGAAAAGAAGGAGGCACUUAUUUGGAUGCCUAUUAGAUAUAUGUAAGCAUUUUGCUCUACUUAAAAAAGUAGCUAAUCUCUUUGAUACGAGCGUAGAUUAUAAUCAACAGCCACCGAGUGCAUCCUCAAAGCUGAACGACGACUAUAGUCGACAAUACGCUACGCUACGCAAUUGUUGCCGUUCUCAUUUGCGAUCGUCAAGUAACACUACUACGAAGCGCCGUAUCGAAGAAGUUAAAAGUUUAAAGUAAUCAAAUUUAGUAACGACCACUGUAUCCUUUUAUCCUCGUUUCUCUUUGCCGAAAAUAAAUUGAUUGAAAUUGGUAA